AUGGCGUCUUCUCAGGACGCUUGGUAUCUGUCGCUGUUGGGCUUAGCUGAAAGCUUUCGCACAUCAAAUCCUCCUAACAUAAAGUCAUGUAUACAGUGCCUCCAGGCAGUUUUUAAUUUUAAGCCACCCCCGAGAGUUGAAGCAAGGACGCACCUUCAGCUCGGGAACAUCCUGCUCACGCAUACAAAAAACAUCGAACUAGCCCGUUCUCACCUUGAAAAAGCGUGGAGGCUUAGUCAAAACAUAAACACGUUUGAUGACGUCAAAUUUGAGGCAGCUAGUGUCGUUGCUGAACUUUAUGAGCAGCAGCAACAAUCAAAUCUCAGUAAACCGAUUCUGAGGAAGGCCAUAGAGCUGUCGCAGCAUAAUGUCUACUGGCAUUGCAGACUUAUUUUUCAGUUGGCACAAAUCCACGCGUCGGAGAAGGAUUUCGUCGUGGCCAGUAGUCUUCUCGCAGUCGGAGUGGAUUAUUCCCACAUAAGCAACGCCAAUUACACCCGAGUUUUGUUUCUCUUAAGUAGAUGUAUGCUUAUGUUAAUAGACAAAAAAUUCGCAGAUGUUCAUCCGCUUCUCACGACGGCCGGUCACCAAGUCGAAAAUUGGCAAGGCAGUCCGCACCAAAAAGAAUAUCUGAAAGUGUACUACUUGGUUCUACAAGUAUGUCAUUUUCUAAUGGCUGGCCAGGGAAAGAGUGUGAAACCUUGUUUAAAGCAACUUCAACAAAGCAUACAGACCAUCGUCUCUCCAAAUUGGCCUUCGGACGAAGUCAUUACGGGAUCCAAUAUUGGAGAUUUGUUUAUUUGGAUGCCAAAAGAACACCUCUACGUAUUAGUGUACUUAGUAACCGUAAUGCAUUCCAUGCAAACUGGUUACAUGGAAAAGGCGCAAAAAUACACGGACAAGGCUCUCACUCAAAUCGAGAAACUAAAAUUUGUAGAGAAUAAGCCGAUCCUCUCCGUCUUUCAACUCAUCUCUCUGGAACACAUAGUGAUGUGUCGACUCGUCAUGGGAAAUAAAAGUACAGCUCUUGCGGAAAUUGCGCAAGCUUGUCAACUUUGCAGUCAACACCCGAAAUUACUUCAAGCACACAGACCUCAAUUGCACGCGCUCAUUGGAUUGUACGCAAUGUCUAUGAACUGUAUGGAAGCGGCGGAAGCUCAAUUCUUGGCGGCGUUACGAGUGAGCACUACGACAGAGCGAGAAUUGCAGACGUUUGCAAAUUUGAAUCUGGCGAUAGUUUAUCUGAGAACUAAAAGGGAUCAGGAGUUGGGUGCUCUCUUAGAAAGAAUCAAUCCUGAAUCUCUUCCGUCCCAUUCGCAUUCUCUGAGAGCAGCAGCGUAUUACGUCCAAGGGCUUCAAGCUUUCUUUGGCGCUCGUUACAACGAAGCGAAGAGAUAUCUCCGGGAAACGUUAAAAAUGGCGAAUACGGAAGAUUUGAACCGACUGACUUCGUGUAGUCUUGUUCUUUUGGGGCACAUAUUCCUUUCCUUGGGCAACAGCCGAGAAUCUAUGAAUAUGGUCACGCCGGCCAUGCAAUUAGCUUCUAAAAUUCCGGAUGUUCAUGUACAACUUUGGGCUACUGCAAUUCUUAAAGAUUUGUACAGAAUAUGUGGAGAUCCGAACAGAGAAAACGAGGCAUAUCAAAUGCACUGUAACUUCUCUCAGACACUGCUAAAGGAUCAUUUCCAAAGUACGCAAAUGAGUGAGCACGCGCUCAUUCAAUGGACUGAAGGCCCAGUGCCAGCGUUACCCAGCAUCCCUCCUCCUUCCACCUCCCAGGCGAUUCUCUAACGCGAGUGAAAAGUUCUUCUGCGGAUUUACUUAAAUUCUCCGAUUGCCUCGCGAAUUCGUCAUAGCUUUUAAGAACUCAGUGCUUCUCUCCAAGUAGACGGGGGGAGAGAGGCCUUGUGUAAAAAGCUUAAUCGCUUGUCAGAUUUUUGCAAGAGCCAUUACAGAACGUUGACUUUGCGAAGAAGAAGAAGAAGAAGAAAACAAGGCUCUCGAGGAUAUACUAUGGACCAGUAAAGUCAAAAAAUUAAUUUCACGCCUUCGAAGGGCUCGAGGGCUUUUAUUUCGGGCCGCAGUUUUCAAUUCGUAGCAUUUUUACAGCCUUUUAGAAACUACUUCAUUGUAGAUGUUUAGCGUCUCCAAGACACUGUAAAGAAAUCAAAUAAGGAGUCAAACUUAUUUUGUUACUCUAUUUGUAUUUAUUUUUUGAGACAAACAUCUGAUAUCGAGUCACCAUAGCGUGGAUUUUCCUUUGACUGAAUACACUUG